ACUGGCCUCUAAAUAUGUGUCACCGGACCAAACUUCUUUGCGAAGUUCUUUGUUCAGACCAGGUCGUUCACCAGAUUUGUACCAAAAUAAGUCAAUUUCUCCUUCGCUGAUUUGCGUGUUUAUCAAAUCGUUUAACUUUGUGUUGUGGAAACGAGGACGACCUUAAAAAUCGUCAUCAAACUAUUUUUAGACGUCUAUAUUUAGCGAUCCGUCAUGGUUUAUAAUGUAGAAUAUAUAACUGAGAGAUAUAGAUUGAAGUGUAUAGUGUGAAGGACUAUAUUUCAAUUUAUUCAAAACUGUAGCGAUUUGACUCCGAGAGUUUAACAACAUACAUUUCCAGCCUAACCUAAUGGAAGUCUGCUAAAGUGUAAUAAUCUAUAUAUUGUAGGCCUACAGUGAGUGUGUUCCUUUUCUUUAUAAUUAAUAAUGUCUUUAAUUACAUUUGAAAAGACAGCAAAUGAAAGCCGGUGCUGGUAUUAAGGAUAAAAUAUAAAUAUUGAAAUAUAUUUUUUUAAUUCAACUGAAACGGAAGCAUGUCGUCUGGACAGUUAGAAUGUGACUGCUCGUCUUCACCUAGUGUUAAUAUGGCCCCAGCUACUGCUGCUGCUGCUGCGUCAGGGGGAUCCGAAACUAGCAGGAGCCUCGUCGUAGACGAGGCCGUCUUCGAGGAGCAGUUUUUGCGUUGCCCCGUGUGUCACGAAAGAUACAACCAGAACGAGUUGGCGCCCAAGUCUCUCCCCUGCAACCACACUUUCUGCUUCCCCUGUCUGACGCAGAUCUACGAUCAUUCCCUACAGCCACUACGUCGAUCCACUCUCAGGAUGGACGAAGCGAUGGAGGGCACGCUCAAAUGCCCAACGUGCAGGGUGGAGAUAUUCCUCAACCGCAAGAAGAUCAAGGAGCUGCCCAACGACCAUAGGGUCAUUCAGAUGAUGGACUUUUUGGCUCAGGCGGUCAGCAAAUCUCAGCAAGUGUGCAUGAAACACGACCGCCAGCCUGUAAACUUCUUCUGCAAAAAAUGCUUGGUCCCAGUCUGCAGAGACUGCACGGUCUUAGACCACAAAGAAGUUGACGGCCACGCAAUCGCUGACAUUUCCGAAGCGAUGCGAGAAAACUCCACCGAGUUUACCGGCGUUGAAAACAGAAGCAAAGAAAUCUUAGAAAAACUGAAGCGAAGGUCGGACGCUCUCGCUAACGCCUCAAAGAGGCUGGACAUUCUGGACAGACAAAUCAAAAGGGAGAUUAAAGACGCCUUCAUAGAGUAUAGGCUGCACUUGGAGAAGAGGCAAGAGUACCUCACCAGCAUGGUCACACACAUGAUCAAAGAACAGAAAAACAAAAUCAACUCCAGGUUCGUCAGUGUCUGCGAGAAUGGCGCUCAGCUCCAGAAACUUUACGACGAUUUUAAAGCUUGCCGUGAGAACAACGACAUCCGCAAAAUGUUCCCCGUGGCGCAGCAGAUCAAGGACGGAGAGGGCGUCUUCUCCGAGAUGGCCAAUCUGGACGACAACGAACUGUUCCACUCCUGCGAGUUUGAUUCUCAGGGUGAAGGCUGCUUCCUGGCAGACCUGAGCGGCCUGGGCGAGAUCAAGAGUAAGGUUGAUCCCAGCUUGAAGGAAACUAUCAGCGCCCAGCAGUUGCUGCUGCUGGAGAUGGAAGAGCAGACGGAAAGAGAAAGACUACGACAGAUGGUUGAGUACGACCAGGAGGCACAAGUUCAGUUCAGGAACAUUCUCUUGAGGAAUGACGACAGACACGAACUUCCUUCAGUCCACCGGCAUCAAACGUUAAGUCACGAGGGAACAAGUGACAGCGACGAGGAACAAGAGCACAGCUUUAACUCUGAUUCCUGGCCCUCAACUUCUAUGGUAUCCCAUCUGUUUGGACAGCUACGCCAAGACUCCAUAACCUUCGGGGACAGCAGCCACGAGGACGCGGACGAGAGCAACACCACACGCAUGUCCAACGUCAGACCCAUACACAGACGAGGGCGAAGAGCGCGAGACACCAACAGCUCUCAGGUGGCAAGUUCCAUUUCUCCAUCAACGGAUAUCUCUCGUCUGCUGCAGGGUCAAAGUGUUCGCUCCACUCAAGCCAACAGCCGAGGUCGUAUAAUAGCGCCACAGCCACAAUCACCGUACCGCCAGGCUUUGGAUGCAUUCAACAGGCUGCAGAUCAACAGCAGGGACCAAAGUUCUUAAAGAACUCGCCAAAACGUCCAACUGUUAGAUUAACCUUCAUUAUAUUUUGACCGGGCAUCUUGUUUGCAGAAUGUUCAGAAAAUGUUCAAAAAAUUAUUCAUUGACGUUUUGCUUUUCGUUCAUAAAGAGUUUACUGUAUACAUGGUCAGUAAGCGGCCUAUCAGACAUUUUCGGCACAGGACGAACGAUGCAGAGAUUUCUGAGCAAUACAGACAAUUUAUCCACCAAUAUCAACAAUGUGGCCAACAAUACAAACAGGGCCGGCCUUAGACUAUUGCAACCUAUGUGGCCGCACUGGGCCCCCGCUCUUUCAUUUUCCUCGCUCUAAUUCUAGGUGUAAAUAAUUAAAGCAGUCGAUUAUAACUUAUAACAUUCCCGCAGCCUCUUGAUUUUCCAGGAGCUCCUAGACAUCUCCUGGAAUUAUUAAAAUCUCCUGAAAACUCAUAAUAAAGAUCUCCUGAAAAUAGACAAAAUUGUCAUCUUUAAGGCAUAUUCUACCAAAUACCGCCAAUAAACCCAAGUAAAAAUUUUAGCGUAUCUGUCCACUAAUGAAAGAUACACUGCUUCCUCAAACUACUUUGUUGCACUCAGAAUAUUUUAACAUUACCCGUAACUGUGGCAUCUAGUGAAAGAAGCUUCUCGCGCCUCAAACUAAUCAAGAAUUACUUGAAGUCAACAUUUCACAAAGAUAGAUUGAACAAUUAGUCAAUUCUUGCAAUUGACCGUGAGCUACGUAGGAAACUGAAUUAUGAUGAUCUACUGUGUGACGUCGCUACACGCAAGGCUCGUAAAGUGAACUUAAUUUGAUCGUGAUUUUGUACUUAGUAAAGAAUGAAACAAAUUAAAGACUAAUAUAUUUUCUAGUACAAAAUCUUAAUUUUCACUUAUUUUCCUCAUCCCUAUCCGCAAUUGUUAGGGUUGGGCCUGAAUACAAACAAUUUAUCCUCCAAAAUCAACAAGAGAUCAAUGGCUCGGUGUCGGCUCCAGCUAUUAAGUAAACCCUUUACACAACCAGCUACCCCACUUCUGUUAAUAUCUUUCAAGCAUUUGUUUUCAAAACUCCUCGUGUCUUAGAGUCCAUUGUCUACAUUCAUUGAAACCAUAGACGUUGUUAUUUUGACAGAUUUAUCUAGAACCAGAGUCACGUUCAAACAUUGCACACGAAAUAAGUACAGUACAGUCAUGUACCCUUUUCAGACCUUGCCUUCUAUGGAAGCAGAUGAUGUUACAGCUUAUCUACUUCUAUGGACUAAGGCCUACGAGGGUGUCAUGUGGCCAGCACAACGACCAACCGCCUUUUCUUAUUCCAACUAAAGCAAGGCACCCAUUAGACUCAGCGAUUUCCAAAAAUUCCACUAAAAAAAACAGUCUCGUUUGAAAUUUGAACACGGUUCCAACGCUUUACCAUCAUGCUCCAUAAGAAAUUUUUAGUUUAAGAAAAACAACCUCCAUUACUUGAGCAUGUUAAAUAGCUUUCUCCACCUUCGUAGCUAUGUUUUAUCAGGUAUAAAUAUUUCUAAAUAAACAAGUGAAGUUAAAAAAAAUGUUGCUCUGUUAUAACUCGCAUUCUUAGUGUAGAUUUUGUUAUCUGAUUGUUACCAUUUCUUAUAUUACUUUCGUCUACAUGUCAUUGCAAUGAUUUUAAAUAGAAAUAAAGAUAAUAGAAUGA